CACAACUGAAACCACCCAACGGAUCACACAACUUCAGCAGCGACACGUCUGCUUUCCAACUGUUUACUGUAGUAAUGAGGGAGCUGAAGAUGUCAGCGCAGGUCUCCUUAGAAACAGCGGAACAUCCCAGACUCCUGAAGCUGUCAUCCGCGCUGUUCUACGCCGGUAGUUCGUUUCUGAUCACCGUGGUGAACAAAACUGUGCUGACCAGCUACAGAUUUCCCUCUUAUCUGUUUGUGGGCAUUGGACAAAUGAUAACUACUAUUGUGGUUUUAUAUUUAGCCAAAAUAAACAACACGGUCAAGUUUCCAGAUUUUGAUAAAAGCAUCAUCCUAAAAAUCUUCCCUCUUCCCUUGCUGUAUGUUGGAAACCAUGUAACAGGACUGGCGAGCACCAAAAAACUCAGUUUACCCAUGUUUACAGUCUUGCGGAAAUUCACCAUACUGAUGACAAUGAUCCUGGAAGCUUAUUUGUUAAGAAAAACAUUUCCAAGACGUAUCAUUUGCAGUGUUGUGACAAUAGUCUUUGGGGCCAUGGUGGCUGCCAGUUCUGAUCUGGCCUUUGACGUGGAGGCCUACACCUUCAUCCUGCUGAAUGAUGCCUUCACUGCAGCCACUGGUGUUUACACAAAGAAAAAACUUGGUGAUCAGGGCCUUGGGAAGUAUGGUGUCCUAUUUUACAAUUCACUGAUCAUCGUCUUACCCACCAUCUUGGCCAGUGCAUUCAUUGGAGAUUUACACAAGGCAUUAUCAUUUAAGGACUGGAACAACAUUAUAUUUAUCGUAUGUUUUCUUUUGUCCUGCUUCAUGGGGUAUGUCACACCAACCCAACACCACAUUCUGACCAAUUAUUAUGGGAUUCUUUUCACCUUUUCUGUUUUUCUCAUCAGAUUUGUAUUGAUGUACUCAAUAGUCCUCUGCAGCUAUUAUAACUCAGCACUUACAACCACUGUUGUGGGGGCCAUAAAGAAUGUAGCCGUAGCUUAUGUCGGCAUCUUUGUAGGUGGAGACUACCUGUUCUCCUGGACUAACUUCCUCGGACUCAGCAUUUGCAUGUCAGGAGGACUGGCUUACUCAUUCCUCACCUUCAACAGCAGUCAGCCACCUGGAAACAACCCAGAGGAAACACAAGAGCAGAAGAUUCCCAUUACUGAGGAUCUAUCAAAGAAACUGAGCCAAAGAUAAAAACACAAACCACUAGGUGGCGUUAUCCUGCUUCAUAUUGAAGCAUUUUCAAAAUUUAGCACUUCAUUGUUUCUCUUUUUCUAAAAAUAAAUCUAUUAACCUCUAAUUCUAAUGCUAUUUAAUCCAGAUUUUAAACCAAAAUAAAUAAGAAA